AUGGGUGAGCAAAAAGAAAAUAUACGAUCUUCAAUUCUGGGUUCAGACGCGAUCAACUCAAUCAUCGAGGAGCAAUUCGUUUUUGGUAAGGAAACCGCUAAAAAAUCCGCUGGUGACGUCAAGGAAAAAGCUGGAGACGCAGUGGAAUCUGUCAAAGAAACUGCGUCAGAUGCUGGAUCCAAGAUCUCUGAUGCUUUCCACUCAAUCACCGACUCCAUGGCAAGUGACUCCGCCCACAAAACCGGAGAAGCUCUCAAUGAACCCAGCAGUGACAUUGGAGACAACCUCCAGAAGAAUGUAGAUGCAGUGAAGGAGAUUGCUGGAAAUGUAGCAGAGGGUGUGAAGAAUAAGGCAGAUGAUGUUACAGAGGAUGUUCAAGAAAGUAUUACUGAAGCAGUUAGCAAACUUUCGGAAGCUUUCAACUCUACCAUUCCGGAAGAUGUUGUCAAUGAAGCUUAUUAA